AUGGUCCGUGACCAACCAAGAUAUAUGGUAGGAGCAAAUGAAUCUGGAAGUAGUGGAUCAAAGAGAAAAAGUGGAGACUUGCAGAGGUUACUCCAAGUUGGACAAGAGCGCGAUUUUCCUGGAAUGAUUGGAAGUAUUGAUUGCAUGCACUGGGAGUGGAAGAAUUGUCCUAAGGAUUGGCAAGGACAGUUUACUAAUGGACACAAGGGCACAACAACAAUUAUCCUCGAGGCAGUGGCAUCUUAUGAUUUGUGGAUAUGGCAUGCUUUUUUUGGCAUGCCCGGAACAUUGAACGAUAUUAAUGUAUUAGACAGGUCACCAAUUUUUGACGACAUUGAGUCUGGUGAAGCUCCUACUGUGAACUUCACUGUGAAUGGUCGACAAUACAAUCUUGCCUAUUAUCUUGCUGAUGGAAUCUAUCCUAAAUGGCCCGUCUUUGUCCAAUCAAUUCAAAUGCCCCAAGGAGACAAAGCGCAGUUGUUUGCAAAACAACAAGAAGCAUGCAAGAAAGAUGUAGAACGUGCAUUUGGGGUACUCCAAGCACGGUUUGCUAUUAUUCGCCAACCAGCUAGGAUGUGGAAUAUUGAUGUCCUAGGUAAAAUAAUGAGGGCAUGCAUAAUUUUACAUAAUAUGAUUGUGGAGGAUGAAUGA